GAAAGAUAUUCACGACAAAUGAAUAAACAGUCCCCGCCAUACUCCCAAUGAGAAUCUUCUUCCACCAUCUUAACCUGCCUUAACGCUACUUCUCGAACACCCCCCCCACCCCUUACAGCAUGGCAACCCCGGCCACCAGCGGGCUGAAGUACCUGUCCAAUGCGCUCGCAACAGCCGAGCAGCUCUCGAACUCCUCGUCCGCCAUCGACGGCGUAUCCCCCGACCUCGAAGCCUCCAUCCGUUUUGCCGGCGCCCAACUCACACAGACAGCGGGGAUUCUCCUCCGAUUGUCGCAAGACAUCAUCGCGCAAGCCAUUGUGACAUUCACGCGGUUCUGGAUCGGCUCGGAAGGAGGCAGCCUCCGCAUACACUCGGUGAAGGAUGUCUCGGCCGCGGCGCUCUACAUGACCGCCAAGCUAUCCUUCCAGCCCACCUCCCCCCGCUCCGUGCUCAACGUCUACACCUUCCUGCUAUCGAAGGAAGCCUCGCCGCUGUGGUUCGUGAACCCCAACGGAUCGCCCGACAAGCCUACGCCAGAGACCUACCACCUCACGGAAGGGGGCUACCAGGCGCAGCGACAGGUCCUGCUGCGCACGGAGUCGAUCAUCCUGCGUACCCUGGGCUUCAACACCCACGUGGCCCUCCCGCAUACCAUCGCCCUGACCUACCUCCAGACGAUGGGAGUGUCGUCGUCCGCGGUGGCGAAGAGGGUGUUCGAGCAUCUGAACUCCGCACUGUUGUCGCCGCAGCUGCUGUACGCGACGCACCAGCCGAACGCACUCGCCGUGGCGGCGAUCUAUCUUUCGGCGCGGGAGGUGGGCGUGAAGCUUGUUGAUAGCGACUGGUGGGAGGUUUUCGAUGUCGAUCGGGAGGAUCUGGGGUUUCUGGUGGUGGGCAUGGGGAGUAUGGAGGGGUUUGCGCGGGCGGAGGUGGAGAAGUGGAAGGGCCGCGGGGUGCCGAUGACGGCGGACGAGCUGGAUGGGGAGAUGGAACGGAGAAGGAUGAUGCAGGAGGGCGAGUGAGGGGUGACAACUUGCGUAGUGAUACAAGAUUCGGCAUAGAGCGCCAGGUGCUUCACUGGCGACAUAAGACUUGGAUAGUAGACAGCACGUCUGUUCCGUGUCUGUCUGGUUUGGUCUGGGCCAUGGACACAUCCCCGCCGCUUUGACCUCCAGGAGAAAGAGAAGAGUGGGCGAGAUUAAUCAUCUUCAGGCCCCUCCCUCCAGGCAAAGCCCUUCAUGAUGAUGCGGACGAACCCCUUUUGGGCGAACCGCGGACCCGACACCCGUACCAGUCAGGAUAUAUACUUCAGCUGAGAUAGCGACCGAAGGUCCGGACAUAGGACCAGCAAUAUGAACCCGAUGAAGCAGCCCCGUG